AUGGCGACCCUGUCCCAGUUCCUGUCCCCAUCACUGCCCCUGUCCCAGUUCCUGUCCCAGUCCCAGCCCCUGCCCCAGUCCCUGGUCAUUCACUGCUCUGUUUAUCUCCAUAGCAGCCGUAUGUCGCUGAGAGCCAAGUCCCACUCGGACCUCCCGUCUCUGGGGAAGUCCCUGGAAGACCCCCUGCUCUCCUCUCUGUCCCUUAGCUCCUCCAGCAUGAACAAGACCAGACACGGUCCAAGUACAGGUCCGAAUCCUGGUCAUAACGGGUCUAACGUGAGGAGACCGGUCCGAGCUGUGAGGCCCAUCAGUGCCACAGCUCCAACGGGCUCGUUCCUACAGGUCAACCACCUGCAGGGGGAGCUGGUCCGCAAGAGGAAGGAGUGUGAGGACUUGAAGAGAGAGAACAAAUAUCUGUCCAAUGAGAUCCACAUGGAGCGAAUCAUGAUGAGGAAUGAGAACGAGCUGACCAUGAGGAACCUGAGGAACCUGAACCAGGACCUGCAGAACCAGCUCAAAGAGCUGAAGCAGAAGCUGCAGCAGAGCCAGCAAAGGGCAGCACUAAACUCUCGGGCGGCGGAGGAGGCGGAGUCAGCACGAGGAGGGGCGGAGACAGCGCGGGCGGCAGCUGAAGCUCGAGCGCUCGGGUCAGAGAGAGAGAGACAGAUCUCAGAGGAGGAGCGCCAACAGCUCAGAGACCAACUGAUGCAGCUCAAGUCAGAGCACAAAGAGCUGCAGCUGCUUCAGGCUCAGAUGGAGAAGGAUUUCUUUGAGACCAAACUGAAGCUGGACCGAGUCUCUGGAGAAAAACAUGCUCUGAUCCAAGAGAACCGGAGUCUAGAACAAGAACGAGAGGAGCUGAGGCAGAGACUGAGACAGAGCACCGAGGAAUACAGACAGCUGCAAGAGAGUGAACAGAACUCGAGGCGGCGUGCUGUGAUGUCAGAAGAGGAGAGUCAAAAGGCCAAUCAGGCGCAGCGAGAGGCAGACGCUGAGAGACGAUUGGCCGAAAAGGAUCGUCACGAGCGAGUAUCCGAGUGUCUCCAGUGGAAAGAGAGAUUCCAGGAUCUAAGCCUGCGGAUCAGAGCUGAGGAGGAGCUACGAGCACUCCGGCAAAACAAGGCUUGCCAGGCGAACAUCCAGAGCUUCUUCCUGUGUAUGAGUGAGAGUGAUCAGAGAGUCAAGAUCCUCAGGAACCCGGACGGAACACCCAAGAACUUCACUGAGGGAGACCCUGUCUACAUCUCCACUGAGGCCAGUCCAGAUGAUCCAGAACGGAGCUCAUCCAGGUCCAUGGUGCGUGCGGUGGCUCCUGGCUCUGGAGGUCCGGUUCAUUUUGAUGAGUGUCCCCCGUUCAGCUCAGACAGACCAGGACCAGACUCUGCUCCAGCCUCACGCAGACACGGCAGGAGGAACGUCGAGUACUUCUGGAUCCCCACAAACCAGGAAUAA